UCAACGUGUAGCCAGGCACUACCUCAGUGGCAGCUACUGACCGUGCUAGCAAUGCACUUUGGCCACUUCAUAACAAGCAGCGAGAACAGAAUUGGACAUUAGACCAUGACGGAGGAGGCUUUCGAUGUGGUGGUGGUGGGUUCCUGUAUGACUGACUUGGUCAGCCAGGCACCAAGGCUACCCAAGGCGGGAGAGACCAUCCACGGUCACAAGUUCUUUAUUGGUUUCGGAGGCAAAGGGGCAAACCAGUGUAUUCAGGCCGCUAGAAUGGGAGCCAAGACUGCCAUGGUCUGCAAGGUUGGCAAAGACUUCUUUGGAGAAAACUACAUCCAGAAUUUCAAGGACAAUGGUGUAUCCACUGAGUUUGUGGGGCAGACGGCUGACUCGGCCACAGGUGCUGCCUCCAUCAUUGUCAACGAUGCAGGGGAGAACGCCAUUGUGAUCGUGGCUGGUGCCAACCUGCUACUGGGUGGCGAGGAUCUGCGGCGGGCACUGCCAGCCCUAAGCAGUGCCAAGGUGCUGGUGUGCCAGCUGGAGAUCAGCCCGGACACCUCCCUGCAGGCCCUGCGCCAGGCCCAUGAGAACAACGUGAAGACCAUUUUCAACCCAGCGCCGGCCAUUCCAGACCUGGAUCCCGAUUUCUACAGAGCCUCCGAUGUGUUCUGCUGUAAUGAAUCAGAGGCAGAGCUGCUGACGGGGGCGGCCGUGGCGAGUAUAGAGGACGCCGGCCAGGCCGGACAGGAGCUGCUGAGGCGAGGCUGCAGCUCGGUCAUCAUCACCCUGGGCUCCCGGGGCUGCGUGGUGCUGUCGGCACAGGAGCCCUCAUCCCCGUCGCACCACGUCCCCACCAAGCCGGUGACAACGGUGGAUACCACGGGAGCCGGAGACAGUUUCAUUGGUGCCCUGGCCUUCUACAUGGCUCACUUUCCCACAAUGUCCCUGGAGGAGAUGGCCAGGAGAGCCAAUCAGGUGGCAGGAGUGAGUGUACAGACAAUUGGGACGCAGAAGUCUUAUCCCUCUAAAAAGGACCUACCCACAGACCUUUUCUAGAGAAGGCGGCAACUUGCACGCUAAAUGGACACUGUGCCAAGUACUGUAUCAACUAAUUAAACGACUAUGUAAAUAACUUAAUGGAAUGAUGACCAUUGUCCUUUAUUAAAUCUGCCAUACCAGUAUUAUCAUGUUUUAAUAUU